AUGCAUGAUGCAAUUAUUGGAGUAACUGAUAAAGAAAUGAAAAUAACAUCGACAAACGAUAAUGUGUCUCGUUUAAAUAAUGAUAAUAAAAUAUUAGAAUAUAUUUGUUCAUAUAUAAAAUAUAAAUUUGAUAAUCUAUUUGCUCAUGGUUUAAUUUUUAUUAUUCCAUUAUUAACUAUUAUAAGUGUAUUUGUAAUAUUAAUAUUUAGUAUAAUUUAUUAUUAUACUAAAGAAACAGAUAAUUAUAAAGAUGCAUUAUGGCAAACAUUUACACGUAUACUUGAUCCAUGUGCAGCAGCACACGAUGAAGGUCUAAAACAUCGACUUAUAUCUGGUAUUGUUAUACUUUGUGGUCUUGUUAUUGUUGCAAUAUUAAUUGGUGCAAUUGUAACUUUUAUGGAUGAAAAAUUAAAUGAAUUAAAAAAAGGACAUACAACAGUUAUUGAAAAGAAUCAUACAAUAAUUUUAGGAUGGUCACCAAAAAUAUUUGAUAUUAUUAAUGAAUUAAUUAUUGCAAAUGAAAAUCAACGUAAUCCUUCAAUUGUUAUUUUGACAUCAAAAGAUAGUAGUGAAGUUCAAUAUAUGAUUAAAGAUAAAAUAAAUAAUUCAAGAAACACAAGAAUUAUUUAUAGAAAUGGUAAUCCAAUGUCGAUCAAUGAUUUAAAUAAAUUGAGUCUUAAUCAAGCACGAUCAAUAAUUAUACUGGCACCGGAAUUAAACAAUCCUGAUGUUAGAAUAAUAAAAACAAUAUUAGCAAUUAGAAAUAAUCCAAGACGAAAUAACAUUAAUUUUCAUAUUGUUGCUGAAAUAAAAGAACAAAUUAAUUUAGAAGCGGCAAUAAUUGCAGGCGGAGAUGAAGCAUUAUUUGUCUAUGCCAAUGAAAUAAUUGCACGUAUUAUGGCCCAAUCAUGUCGACAAAGGGGUUUAAGUAUAAUAUUAUCAACUUUAUUAUCAUUUCAAAAUGAUGAAAUUUAUUUUAAACAUGAAAGUGCACUUGUUGGUAGAACAUUUUAUGAUGCUGUAUUUUCAUAUGAUAAAUGUUCAGUAAUUGGAUUAAUGUUAUCCGAUGGAACAGUUAAAAUAUUUCCUCGAUUAAAUACAAUAAUAAAUAUUGAUGAUCAAAUUAUUGUUAUCGCUGAAGAUGAUGAUAAAAUUAUAUUGUCAUCUGAUUAUUUGUUACGUAUUAAUUAUGAAUAUUCAGGAUCAAAAUCAUCAUUAUUAUUUAAUCAUAAUACAGUUUUAUUAUCCAAUCCUAUGACUAGAAGAGCAACAAAAAGAAUUGAACGAAAUCUUCUACUCGGAUGGAAUAAAAAAGCUCCAUUAAUUGCUAAAGAAUUGGAUACUUAUGUUGCUCGCGGCAGUGAACUACAUAUAUUAACAAAUUCUAAUAUAAUAACACAAUUUAUAAAGGAACAAUUAGCUAAUGAAUUAACAGAACAAAAAAUAUUUGUACAUUGUGGAAGCUUAACAAAUAAAUUUGAUUUAGAAAAACUAAAUUUAUUUUCUUAUGAUUAUGUUAUAUUAUUAGCAAAUGAAGAAAGUGAACAACAAAAUUUAAUUGAAGAAGCUGAUGCUGAAUGUUUAAUUUGUUUAUUAUAUUUAAAAAAUAUUAUUGAUAAAUCAAAUAAGGAAAAAACAUUUAGUAUAGUAGCAGAAAUGUAUGAUAUACGUAAUUGUCAAUUAGCAAAUAGAACAUGUGCCGAUGAUUUUAUUGUUAGUCCAAAUUUACUAUCAAAAUAUAUUUCACAAUUAUCUGAAAAUCAAAAUAUAAAAAAAGUUUAUGAUGUUUUAUUAACAGCUGAUGGUCCUGAGAUUUAUUUAUGUUUAGCAUCGAUGUUCGUUCCACUAGAAACACCAAUUAGUUAUUAUCAAGUUUUACAAGAAACAUUAAAAUAUCAAUGUUUAGCAAUUGGUUAUAGAUUAAUGAAAUAUUUACAUGAUGAAACAAGAUUUUUUGGAAUUGUUUUAAAUCCAGAUAAACAAGAACAAAUUAUAUUUUCACAAAAUGAUAAAAUUAUUAUUUUAGCUGAAAACUUUAUGUCAUUUGCUCCCCAUAAUACGCAAAUUCGUAGAUACCGGCUAGCUAUUAGCGGUAAAUCGUGGUAA